AUGUACGACCUGUUUUACAGCGAGCAGAUCGACCGGUCAUCUGGGGAGGCGAUUCUGCUUUUCUUCGCGAACAUCUUGCACAGCGAGGCUGACACACAGGCCACCGUCUUGCGGGGGCUGAACGUGGUACCGAUGCUGUUGUCGGCCUGGGAGAUGGACUUCUCGGCACAUACCAACGUGCGCUGCUUGUCGGCAGUUCUGGCGAUGGCCCGCCGGAAGGAGCUCAGGUCGCGGGUCCUCGUGCACCUCGACAUGAUCAUGGCGAACAUGAACGUCAACCUCAGCUCGCCGUCGCGGGACGAGAACUUUUACUCCACCGCGGCGGUCCACUGCGCGCUCCUGUGCGAGCUGACGCGCUCAACCCCAGACAGCCACCAGCAGCUGGCUGACGCCAGCAUCAUCGAGGCCCUUCUCAUGUUCGUGACGCUCGCGGGGCGCGGCCCGCGCGACGAGGUGUGCGUCGAGCUGCUGCUUAGCGCGGUGUUCGGCAUCUCGACAAUGGUCGCCUCGCCGGCGGUCGGCGAGCAGUGCUUGCGGAGCAUGUUGUCGCCGGUGACCCGCAUGCAGCUUUUCCUGGGGUUGCUGCGGCUGCCUGCCGAGGCCAUCAACAGCAACUUCUACUCGGGCACCGUGGGUGUCAGGACCCUGCAGCGCACCGCCGCUCCAGACAUCACCGACGAGGAGCUCGAGGUCGGCGAGGUGGGAAUUCGGGAUUUCCUCAGCUACUGUGGUGUCAAGCCUGCUGAUUUCAUGUACCGGAACAUCAUCCGCACCCUCUGUAUCGCGAUUGCCAACCCAGAGCUUCGACAUCGCAUCCAGGACGCUACCUCGCUGCAGAACAUCGUUCCGACCUGCGUGUUCGCGCUCAACGGCACCUCAGACAUCUACUUGCAAGUGUUCGGCUACAUUCUAGUGGCCAUCUUCGGAGGCGAAAAGCAGCUCCGUUAUGGAUUUGUAAACUCUUCCGCUAUCAUCAAUGAGUUGCUCACGUGCUGUCGCCGCUACUCUGAUCCGCUGACCAGCGGCAUGGGGACUAGCGUGGAGGAGCAGCUCAAGAAGCUUGGCGGCGGGGGAGGCCCCUGGUCGCCGCAGUCCGUGGCCCUGAACCGCUACCUGCUAGCAAUGCUGGCGCUGACGCACCUGGCGGACCACAUGAGGAACGUGUACCGGCUGGAAGAUUCGCAGGAUGGCGAGCAGGAUGAGGAGGACAGGGAGGUUGACGGCGGCGCCGACGGGCCCGACGGCAAGUUGAGCUACUCUAAUUUGCGGUUCGUUGCUAGGCUGGCUCCUGUAUCUUUCCGAGAGUUGGAUCCUGACAUGUUGGUGAAGAACGGUCUGACAGAGAUACAGGAGUUCACUGCGUUGUUGCGUGUUGUAGUGGUCCACAACGCGCUCCUGACCCGCAUUGAGCUCGAGGAGCAGAAGAAAGGUGGCGAGGUGAAGCCAGAGUUGGUUGGAGCUGUGGCGCAGACAGUAGACAGUCUGCAAGAUGUCAAAACAGACGCGGAUCUGGUACCAGAUAUUUUGAAGCAAGAAUUCAAGUCUCUCCGGUCAGUGCAGGAGAAGUGCCUAGGCCUCCUGAACGUCGUGGACUGGUACGUGGGGGAGAACCGGUCACAGGCGUUGGUGGUGGCUAUCAUGGAAAGCCUCGGCUCCCUCUCGUGGCUGUGCCCGAUGAGCGUGGACAUGCCCCAGUCUGCCUACAGGAUCAUGGCGCACUGCCCAGAGUGGCUGCAGCCAGGCCUCCUGACCGUGAUGUGCAACAUCAUGUCGGACCCCUCGCGCAUUGGCAAGGAGGACGAGCGCCCCAUCGCCGACCGGAGCAGAAUGAACUUGAGGCUGGGCGAGGUAGAUUCGGACUACUUGUUCCCGCUACUCGCCACCAGUGAAGUAGGGAUUCGGCAACGCACCCUCGGCUUGCUUGCAAACCUGAGCACGCAUCCAGGCAUGCUCCGCUUCGUGGUCGGUUCAGGGGUCAUCCGGAUCUAUCAGGCGAUGCCAGACCGAUCAGAUUUCCUGAACAAGUUCGGUAUCAUAAUCGAGCAGAUGCGAAUUCUCGCCAACACCACCUGCCGAGAUGACAGCCACGAGUCCUUCUGCACGAUGGGCGUGAUCCAAUUCUUGCGCGACGCCAUGCGGCACAGUUCCGAUCUGCUCCACGCAGCAGCACCACUGGACACGAACAGGAAGGAGGCGGAGGAGCAGUUCGACUACUGCGAGAUCCUCUUUGGAGAGUACGACGCGCCGCCCCUGGGACUGCGCAUCCGCUGGGAGCAGCCACCAGUGCUGAACGAGAUUCUCCCAGACACGCCUGCCGAACAGUACAUCGACGCGCUGGCCGAGGGGGACGAGCUGAUCGAGAUCAACGGAAUCGACGUGUCGUACAUGGAGCAAGAAGACAUCGCGCCCAUGUUUCAGGACCGGCCGUUGAGGCUUGUCUUCCGCCGUCGAGUCGACGAGUCAGCACCAGUGGCCUUGGAAGCGCCUGCAUUGACGGCGAAGGGCGAUGCAACCCAGGAUUUCGGUGGCUUGCAGGUCGUUCAUGUGGAGAGCAUUGGCGUCUAUGGAGACCGCGACCAGUACCUUGAGUGUUUCAACCUGGCCGUGCUGGCGGUGCACAACAUUGCCACUGUGAGCGGGAAUCAUGAGAUGCUUUUCAACGAGCCGCAGAUUCUGUCCAUGUUGCUAGCGGCGAUUCCCAGUCAGGUGAUCUCCCCAGGGCUGAGGCGCCUGAUCUUCUCGGCGUUGACCUGCCUCGCCCAGGGUAAGGACAUGGCGGGACGAGUAUUCCAGGCGAUGUCCGACUAUUUCAUCUCUUGCGAGAAGACAGACCCGUCACUACAAAAAUACAUCAUGUUGUGCGCCAACCUGUACUACACGGGGAUGAGGCCCGAAGAUAUCAAGCCAGACCGCAGCAUGCUCGUCUUCGUGGAGCAGAUCUCCUUGGGCAGCCCCUCCAACGAGGCGAAUCGCGCAGUGGCGGAGAUCAUGCACGGCAUGGCGAAGGCGCCGAAGGAUUUGCGGGUCGACUUCGUUUCCCGAGAUUCUUUAGUGGUGGCUGUGACCUUCAUGGAGUGCAUGGAUCAGUGGGAGGUGCAGUCGCGAGCAUUCGAGUCUGUCUACUUCUUGACGAUGGGCGCCUGCGAUCCAGAGCUGUGGGUCUCCCUCGACUUGCUCCAGCGGAUGGCCAGGGCGGCCUCGAGGUUACAGCAGAAGUCCGUCGAUGACGAUGACGAGAUGCUGCGCAACCACGCAGAGGCGCUGUGGGAGAUCACGCUGCGCACCUGCGACAUCUGCCUCCAGUGGGAGUCGCUGGUGCACGAGGUGAACAGGUGUGCCGAGAUCGACCGGUACCUGGUGACCUUUUUCUUCGACGCCCACCGCUCCCGGCCUCUCAUGGUGAAGGUGGUGGCGCACUUCAUGGAGACCCUCAUCGACUGCUCGGAGGGCACGUGCUGGUGCCGCUGGAGGAACAUGGGGAUGGCAGACAAGAUCAUCGGAUGGUUCGCGGUCCAGAGCGAAGCCAUGAAGGGUGACGCGGGCGCGGCCCUCGCGAAGCAAAAGGUCAUGUCGCCGCUGGCCGCCGAGUUCCCAGUACCAGCCGGCGAGAGUGUGGACAGCAUGCUACAUAUGUUAGUGUCUGCCACAAGGGUAGACCCCACGACGACGGGCGUGCUGUUGACGGAGGGUGUGAUGUCUGCCAUGGCGCAGCGUAUCAUCGCCCACGCCGGCUUCUACAGGAAGCACCACGCCGAGCCAGAGACGAUGGAGAUGCAGAAGGCCAACGUGGCAUUCCGGGCCAUCGCGCAGCACCUCGGCGCUUGCAUCAACGAUGUCGAGGGCCUCACGGCGCUGAGCGGCAUGGGCCUGGAGGCGCACCUGGUCUCGCUGCUCGAGCUGCCCCCAGAGGACUACCGCACGCCCUCGCUGCUGGUCUUGGCGGCCCUGUGCGGUCACAAGGGGCCCUGUUACGCAUUGCUGAAGAACUCCAGCUUCGUCAAAGUGUUGCGCACAAUCGAGGCCCAGCUGGAGAGCCACGGCUCCGCGCUCGAGGCUGAGGAGCUGGAGUAUUUCGCCUGCAUCUUGGACAAGUCUUGUUGCCACCCAGAGCUGACCCAGAUCAUUGUGGGCAGCGUUUUCCGGCUUCUGUGCCUGCUCUGCGUGAAGGGUAGGACCAUACAGUGCCAGUUGUUGGCUUCCCGUGCGUUGGCGCGGUGCGCGCUCGCGAAGCCUGACAGCCUGCACGUUCUGACCGACCCGUCGCAGGGGCUCCAGUACCUGCACCACGUGAUGAGCGUCGCGUCGUGCUUGCGCAAGGAAGGCUUCGCAGACGAGGAGAGCCAGCACUCCAUCGACCGCCGCGCGAUGGUGGCCAGGGUCGCCCACUCGCUCGAGGAGAACCCGCAGGAAGGCCAGCUGGUGGACUACUUCUCGCGCGUGGCCCUCUGCGAGGAGAGGGCGGAGAAGAAGGCCUCGAGCACCGUUGCGCCGAAGGAGGUGGAGCUCGCCGCUGGCGGGGUGCUGAACAGCCUGAUCACGAUGCUCCACGUCCUCCUGUGCGUGGUCUUCCGGCAGGGCUCUGAGAAGGAGGCCGCGACGCUUGGCAUGCAGAUGGCCAUGGCGCGCGUGAUGGGUGCCAUCGGGCGGUUAGCCCUUCCAGACGCUGGGGAAGACGACGAAGAAGAGGCCGAUGCCGCGCCCGCCGCGCUUGCGGAGCUGCUGACGGGUGACAUCCGUGUCAUUUUCUACCUCUCGGCACUUCUGCGCGAGGUUUGCUCCCAGCCGUUCCGCUCAGGGUUCCUGGCGAUGGUGCGCACGCCCCCGUUCUUCUUGGCGCUCGAGGCUUGCGUGACUCUUGCCGUGCAACGUCUGCAGCGCGAGGUGAAGCGGGAGCCUCACAAGGACAUCCUCCGGCCGAAGGUCGUGCAGCAGGUAUCUGUGGAGUCGCCCAUGGCCGGACGCGUAGACAAUUUCAGCCUCGCUUUCGUGUUCGAGCACGUUUUGGUGUGUCUGAGGCACAGCUUGGUACAAGCCAUGUACGUGAAGGCCGACCCGGGCAGCAGCCGCGCGGACCCGUGGCAUUGGCAGGCGCAGGAGAAGUUGAAGGUGCACCUGGAAGUGAUGACUUGGCUGCCAGAGGUCAUGCGGCAGUUCGUCGACACUCGCGCGAUCAAGGUCGAGGCCGUCCGCUACCUGUGCGCUGUGGCCACCUUCUACGAGGCCCCGCAGGCCCAGCCCCAGGACGCGGACUAUCAGGAGGACGAAGAGGGUGAGGACAUCGUCCCAGCAAACCCAGAAGAGUCCGGAACAUCGGCUUACAGGUUGGCAGAGGUAUUCUCUUUGUCGCAUCCUGACGUGCUCGGCCUUCUCACGGAGGUGCUCGAGACCGACGAGGACCCUUGCACGCUCACUCUGGCCAUGCAGGGGGCCGCGAAUUUGGCCAGCUACGAGCGAAGGCGGCGGCUCGGCCACAGCCCACCCACGGAAGAGCUCCCUGUCGACGGGCUCACGGGGCUCGUGGCGGCCACUGUUCGAACGCUGCGCUUGGUCAGCUCCUGGCAGCCGGAAUACGUCAGCGACAUGCUUCUGAGCGCCAACAGGUUGAUAGGGCAGCUCCUUUGUUGCAACAACACUGCGAUGUCGAGCAGGCUCGUCACCCUCGACAUGUUCAAGGCCAUGCAGGAGAUGUUUGACGUUUUCCUGAAGGAUGCGUUCAAGUUGAAGACGAACAAGGAGUUCCAUCUGCAGGUGCAGAGCAACAUACAGCUGCUGAGGAGUUUCGUCUGCGCAGGCUGCCUUGCAGAGGUCGCCCUGGAGCAGGAAGCAGCCGGCGCGCGGCAACGCAGCUCCGACGCCCAGCGGUCUGCGGCGUUGAGCUCUUUAUCGACAGGCUUGGACGCACCAGAGUUGGUGAACUUGAUCGUGCUGACCGCCGGGACCCUUGUGGCAACAGGAGGCCAGGCACGGCAGUGGAGGAAAGGCGCCCACGAGGAGCCAGACGCCGUAAUCUCUUCUGUGUUCGAUGACGUGACCGCCAGUCUCCAGACCCUGCUGCGGCGCACCGACAUCAACGGCGGGAUCGAUUGGGACAGAGUGGAGCUUUUCAGAUUCGAGCAGAUGAUGAAGGACAUCCAGGCGCACCGCCGCCAGGUGUCAGGGAUAGUCGACGAUGAGGUGUUGCUCAACCUCUUGUAUCUGAUGACCAAACAGGGUUAUGUGUAUGGGAACCAGCAUUUUCCAGAUUAUCUGAUGGAAGUAGCCUAUAGCCAGCGCGAGAGUCAUACCACCAUGCAGGACAUCGCAGCCGUGUGCUUCGCGAUGGUCACCGCGCUGGGCAAGUUGCGCAACGGCGGGCAGAUCAAUGUCGCAAAUGUGGUCAAGAACCAUGCGGAAUUCGUCUUGUCGUUGGCCCAAGUCUCAGACCCACGUUUAAAGUUGUGGCACUACCGGCUUCUGACCCAGUGGACCAAGAAGCCGCACGUCCUUAAGGAGAUCUCUGCUGAUGCCGCUGCGCUUCGCUUCGUCAUCGACGCCCUGCUGGAUGAGAGUCUAGGCCGAUACAGCGUAGUGAUCCUGCACAACAUCAGCGUCCUCCGGUGCGCGACGGUGAUGAAGGGCAAGGGGCAGCUGGCAGUGGCGUGCGAAGCGUAUCGGCGCAUGGUGCCAGGCUCUCAGCAAGGGGACGAGGCCAACCGGCGGAUGCUUCGCAAGCUUGUCCUGGCUACUGUGAGGAAUGUGCUUUUCGGUGUGGAGGACCUUCAGACGGAGCUUGGGGAUGAGGACCUCGCGGCAAUAGUAGAGCUCGUGACGGCCAUAGAGGCGCCAGACGUGGCCAUUUUCAUGGCGAUGCUGAUGCACGUGUGCGACGGCUGCUCUGCGGAAAGAGCCGCCAAGUCGUUGGCGGGCCAUGGGGCACUGCUGGAGUUCCUCGUGCGCAAUGUCUACGGUUUCGCUUCCGCUUGCCAGCCCGGCGCGGGAGACAUCAUCGACGUGGGCAGCGCCCAGGAUCUCUACGGCUGCGUGAUGCAGCUGCAAGAGCCCCCCGCUCCCAGCGAGGGCGAGGGUGGCCUGAAGGAACCAGGCUCUCCCAGCCAGCAGCGCGGCCUGCAGCCAGCAGCCAAGGGGCUGACGCCCCCACCGGGGCCGACGUCUCCCGUGAAGGGCCUGGGCAAGAAAAUGACCCUGUACCAGCAGAGCAGGCGAAGGCGGGUAGCGACCUCCUCUGGCAUGCAGGUCGUCCAGGAACGCGUCGUCGACCAGGGCAAUGCCAAGGCUGGGAAAGGUGCCGAGAGGCAGCUGAAGGAGUUCUUGUAUUUCGCAAGCGUAGAGGUGCUGAGUCACGCCACUUUUGUGGAGGGCAGCGGCGGGCCGCUGGCAGAGGGCGACGAGGAUGGGCAGCCGGCGGCGGCGGGGCGCGAUUGCCUAGAGGCAUUAUUCGGACGGAACCCGAUCACCGCCUUUCUGAAGACGCUCCGGGAGCAGGUACAACUGCACGAGCGGAAGCGCGUAGUGUUUUCGGACCUUUUCAUGCACGUGUCCGCCAAGUUCAUAUGGCAUUGCUGGAGCAACCCGAUGUUCAGGCGGCAUAUCGACACGCCGCUUAACCUGGAGGCCCUGGCUGCUCUGACCCCAUUCUUCCUCGAGUGGCCCAAUCAGGAUGUCCAGGGAUUGACGCUCGAGAUCUGCUUGUACGCCGGGCUUCACCGGUACCCAAUCGUCCGAGACUACUUGUGCGAGAAGCACACCAAGUUCCCAGAGCUCACCGCCGCGGCCCUGGGGCACGCCAUGGUGGACCCGGAGGGCGACGUGGCCAUGAGGCAGGCCAUGCAGUACCUGAAGGUCUUCGCGCAGCUGCUCAGGAGCCGUUGCCUCAGCCAGAAGGGGCUGCGGCGCCUCGUCAUUAGCCUGCAGGGGGCCAUGCUGGCCUCCCGCCCGGAGGGCCUGUGUGCGAGUCUGGCCCAGAAGGAUAGCCAGCUGUUCGGCGAGCUGCUGGAGCAGCUGAAGACUUACUGGGAGGCGGGGUACGUGAAGCAGGGCAUGGCCGUCAUGAUCGCGCUGACCGUGGGGUCUCACUACAAGCCGCUGCAAGAGCUUGAUUCUUUUGUGUUGCACAUCCUGGAUUUUGCACCCUCACUGUUAGAGAGCGAGUUCGUACUUUUCUUUCCAGUGCUGUGCCGCUUGGCGUCGCUUGGUGGUAAGAGGAUCCAGUUGCCAAUGCUGCAGCGCAAGGUGCACGUGCGGGUGGCCCGCCUUCUCGAGAAGGCGACGGGUGAAUUGGAGGCAGAGCUGAAGAGCGGUGAGCCCGAGAAGACUCCUGGCAUCGCCGAGGGGGCAUGGAAGGAGCCCAAGCUCGGCGCACGACAGCGGAUCCAGUGGAUCCUCGCCUUCUUCGUCACCUUCGCGAGCGUCUGCGACCCCGAGGAGGGCGACAACGUCAACACGCACGCGCCGGACGUGCACUUUGACAGUUUCGUGUGCGUGGAUCUGUUGCAGAUUUUGAUGAGGAUCCUCCGCACGCAGCCUCACCCCUUCGAGGCGUCUGCAGCCUGCUUCCUGAUUAGCUGCGUGUCCUACGCGAACACCCUGCCGGCCUACAUGCCCGAUCUGUUGAGGGUCUCCGUUAAGGCUUUUCCAUCGUUGAUCGACGAGCCGACCGGGAAGUCGCGCGUGAGGUCGCCAACCGCCGAGGCUGGUCCAGAUUCCAUGCUGCACUUGCGCUUACCGUCCAGCCAGCGCAUGGAGCUCGGCCUGCGCCGCAGCUUCAUUCACCUGUUGGCGAAUGCAGGGUACUUACCCGCGUCGAGUCCUUCGCUUACCAGCAACGCCGCCGCGUUCAGAUUCUUGGUGGGCCUCGGGAUCGAGCACGGCCUCUACCAGGACCCCGCAGCGCCUCUGCACACGAAACUGUAUUGCUUGGCCCACAUGGUCACCAGGACCGACGACUACAAUGUGCUCUUCGACGACUCCGCGAUGGGCGGCAGCGGCCUGUUCGAGGUCCUGACGAGCGCUUCCAAGCAGGUGUUGGAGGAAGAUGCCGACGAGACGUGCGACCUCCGCGUGAUCUGGGCCAACUCUGUGGUGACAAUAGCGAGCAGUGCGGGCACCACGCUCCUGACUAAGCCAGAAUUCAGGGCCCUGCUGCUCACAGCCAUCGGCUUCGCCGAGACCAUUCUACACGAGACGUGUGGGCCACAAGGGCUCGAGGGUGGCUCCAAAGGCCUCGGGUUGGGUUUCGAGUUUUCGCGGAGCCUCCUCGCAGCUUUGCGGCCAUUGGCCCAGAAGGUGGAAUUCAAAGAGCUCCGGCAGCCCUACAUCCUGUAUCUACUUAGCAUGGCCAGCAGCGCGUUGUUGCCCAGCCUUCGCAACCAAGCGCUGGAUAACCUGCACAAUAUGAUCACCAAAUCUACCGCCCAGGAUCUGAUCGGCGCGCUGGUCAUGGUCACGUCCAGUGUGGAGACGUUCAAGAGGAUCAUGUGCGGAGGCAACGAGGAAAUGGCAUCAAGCUGCAUUCGGUGCGUGUGCUCGCUGGGAGAGCUGGCGGGCUACGAAGUCAACACACAUCUCCUUUCCGUGCUCGAGACCGUCAUCGAUGUGAUCGGCAAUCCGUCCAUGUCUGCCACACGCAUUUUGGGCCUUGGGGAAGCGUUCGUCUCCCUCACCAAGGUGCGGGCAUUCGAGGUCAUCGAUGCGAUGCUGGACGUCAAGGACCUCACCGCCUUCCUAGGGCUCGCACGCUCGUCCCAAGCUGUCCGCCGCGAGCUCGUCGGCCGAUGGCUGGAGACGUACGGCUCCUCACUGUACGAGGUGGACGAAGUGCUGGAGGUCUUCCGGUCGUCCACAGCGCGCGGCUUCCUCCACAUCGCGGCGCGGUGCACCCUGAAGCCAGAGGAGGCCCAGGAUUUCCGCCGCUUGGUGUUUGCAGCCAUCGAGAAGCGCGUGCGGGAGUGGCGCGGCAGCAUCUCUGGCCUGAGGGACUUCCUGUCGGAGCCACUCCUGAGCUCCAUGCUUCCCAUGUGCGAGCUACAGCCCGACCUGACUGCAGCAAUGGCUGCGCUCAUGCACUCUUUCAUCACAUGCGACGAGAGCUUCAUGCUGGACCGCAUCUGGAGCGGCGGACAUCUCGCGUGGUUGUGCCGCUGCAUGUCGCUCAAGUCCGCCCCGCAGGUGGUCACCAUGCGGAGUGCUGGUCAGACAACGGGCUCGGUGUCCUCCAAAAACUCCAAGACAUGGGAGAGACACGUAGACCUCACCGUGUCACAGAGCAUGAUCCUAAGGGUCAUCUGGGAGUUGUACAAGCUAUACCCCACUGAGCUGUGCGCGAAGGCGCUCAAGAGCGACUGCCUGAUCAAGAAUUGGCAAGAUUACAUCGCCUACUACUGCCACCAUGCCUGGCCGCUGCGAGAGUCGACGGAGAUCGAAGAGGCGACCACUACCGCCAUCAUCCUGGCGAUGCUGCUCGCGGCAAGGGUGUCUCACGACUCUGGGGAGAGUGCGAGAUCGCAGCUCAUCCAGCAGGGCAUGCUCGGACUGUGCUUCACGGUAAUGUUGCCGCCUCCGCCGGUCCAGAAGGCUCUGCUCGCCAGUAUAGGUGCGGCAGAGGAGACCCCUGGCGCAGAGGACGGCGAGCUCAAUGAGGUCUCCAAAAUGCCCGAGGCCAAAUUGAUCGCAGGCGACAUUGCCACUCUCCUGUUCAGGCUUCCCGACUCCUUCAAGCUGCUGAAAGCCAGGCACUUUGCCGCGGUGCCGUUGGCGAUGUUCUCACAGUUACACAGCUGGCGCCACGUCGUUUUCGAGAAGCAGGGCAGCUUUAGCGCGGUGGAAACCGUCAGCUUGCUUGAGCGGUGUGCCAGCUUAUACAUGUCCUUGGUGUCGUCUUUGUCUGUGGAGUGGUGCUUGGAGCACUUGGGGCUUCACCGCAUGAGUGUGAUGGGGCCACUUUUCCUAGACUUGUGGAGCCGCCACGGCAACCCGCUGCUCAAGCAGCACUCGCUUCGGCUGUUCACCAGCUUCUGCCAAGUGAGGGUCCUGUACGUACACUUCCUGACGCAGGAGUCCCGGGCAGACGCGUUGCAGCAGGCAGUACACCGCAUCUUCGGCGCUUGGGACGUGCGUGAGCUCAGGCACGUGGUGUGGCUUCUUGCGGCGUCGCUGGCGCACGCGCUCGGCAUCCCGGUGCUCCCUGACCACAUCGAAAAAGCGGUGAAGAGGGCGUUGCAGGACAGGGAUUGCGUAGAGCUUAGCACAGUGUCGGACAAUCUGGGCGCCGAGUUGGCCGACCAGAUCGCCUCGAAAAACAUGUUGCUCUCGACGUUUCUGACGCAGAUGAUCAGCUGGUGCGAGCAGCCCCCUGGUGACACUUAUAGCAGGUCUUGGUGCCUCUGGAUGGUGGCCGCUAUUCUGAAGCACGGGGAUGUGACUGGCGCCGCGGCCAUAAGGCGAGCCGGCGAGGAUGACCAAGAUGACAAGAAGAACCCAGAACCUACAGAGGAAGACAAGGAGCCGGACGUGAUCCUUGUGCUCCCGGGAAUGCCCGAGGAAGAGCACCUGCGCCGCCGCGCUAAGUUCGCGGCCGAACUGGCGGAGGUCGGCGUGAAGCCCGCUCAGGAGCAAGCAAGCCCCGACGGGAAGCCAGCGGCAGGCAAGGCUAAGGCCGCCGAGGCCCCUGAGGCCGCACAUUGCAAAACGGCCUGGCUACGGGAAACGCCUGCGCUCUCCGCGACAUUGGCCAGUAUGACUGCUAAGUGCAUCCAGAGCGACCGCAAGGAGUUCCGCAUGUUGGGGUGCGUGACUGCGGCGGCCUGCUUGGCCGAGCUGCCGUUCUCUCCCCCGCACUUCGCCGAGGCCCUCGACGGUGAAGUCGUCGUCAGGUGUGCGGAGUCCAAGGGAGAGCGGUCCUUGAACGUAUCGGCCUUAUUGUUGCUGUCCACCAUCUCCUCGUUCAGGUUGCCGCUCAAGGCGCAAAAUCUGUCCGAGGCGUUCCUUAAACGCUUCUUCGAGCUUCAGAGAGUCCUCUUGGAGGGUAUAUCUCGGUGCGGCGAGCACAGCUUCGGGCUUCUGGCCAGCUGGCUGGCGGAGCAGCCGCGGGGCGCCCUGCUCGAGGCGGACCUGCGCUGCCUGGCGGCCUUUGUCAUCGGGCAGUGCAUCGCCCCGCCCCCUGCCACGGCCCCGUCGCUGGACCUCGAUACAGUAGCGUCGGCCAGUCCAGCCAGAGUGCUAGAGGCAAGCCCGAUGGCAGCAAACAGGAAUGACCCUCCUGCUGUGGCGGAGUGCGGCCCACCACCGGCGCUGUUGUUGGACUUGCUCGCGCAGGGCGUGCGGCGCGGAGUGCGGCGACCGUGCCAGCAGAGCGUGCGCAAGCUGCAGAGCGGACGCGAGACGGGCCUUGCUCCAGGGCGGCUCGCUGGAAGCGAGCUGCGCGGAGCGAGGCAGAACGGCAGCGAGGCAGUUGGCUACGAGAUCAACCCGUACCUGUGGGGCCUCUCGCGGCUGCGCUCGCUGCGGGGCGCGCCCGGCGCGGGCUCCGCCGAGCUGCGGUGGGCCAACGCCUGGACCGCGGACCUCCGGGAGGUCGACGUCGUGACGUUUUACGGCCGCCCUGGAGACGGCUUGAUGGAGAAGGCUGCCGCAAAGUGCGAGGCCGAGCUGCCGGCGCAUGCCGCCGUGGUCAGCCACCACUUCCCCAUGCCGGGCUGGGAGCGGCUCUUGGUGCAGGACGUCGGAGGCAUCAAGCUGUACGACCUGUCGAGGCGCAGCAGCUCCAGGCGUGAGGCGGCAGACGAGCCGCGGCGCGGCGCGCACGGCGGUGCGAUCCCCUUCCCAGGGGGGGACAGGAAGCAGAGGCCGAGCGACUCGUCGGCUGCGGCGGAGGGCAAGGCAGGGUGCGGCCGGGGCGAGGAGUGCAGCGGCGGGCUCUGGCAGUGGAAUGCGGAGGGGAGGGAAGGCGCCGCCGUCAAGGUGAGCCCGGCCAGCCCCACAGGCGCGGCCAAGACAGAGGGGCAGCUGGCUGCACCUUCGAGCCUGAAGGAAUUGGACAAAGAUGGUCGCAGCGUGCAACCCGCGCCGAGCUUCACGCCAUCGGAGGUUGACCAGGCGCAGGCGAGCAUCACCGCGGAGGAGAUGGACCUUGAGGCUGCGAAGAUCAAGGCGCAACAGGGCAGGAGCCGACGACCAGGAGUAGCCGCUGAAAGCGUCGACAACGACAAGGUCCAAAACUACAAGAGACCUGUUCACGCGAAGGACAAGGAGACAGAAGCGAAGAUCAGGAAUAUCUUGCAGGAUAACAAGAAUUUGCAGGUGCUCUUCGGGCACUUGCAGGGCCAAGCCUUGACUGAUGUGAUCAACGCGUUCUAUCUCAAGGAGAUCAGCGACGGUAUCGACAUCAUCAGGCAAGGAGAUGAAGGCGAUUGCUUAUACAUCAUCGAUAGUGGCACCGUCGAGAUCUUUGUCCGGCGCGGCGAGAGCACCCCGGGGGACAAGGGGAAGCAGGUGCUGACGCUGGGCUCCGGGGGCCUCUUCGGGGAGCUGGCCCUGAUGUACGCUGCACCCCGAGCAGCCACAGUCACAGCAGCUUCGGAUACGGUGAGAUGUUUUGUGCUAGACGCGCUGGACUUCAAGAUGCUUCUGGCGCAGUCGAGCCAGGCGCAGUACGCCAAGUACGAGGGCUGGCUCCAUGAGGUAGAACUCCUGAAGUCUUUGAACCACUUCGAGCUGUCGAAGCUUGCGGAAGCCCUGCAGCCUGAGCAAUACAAGCCGGGCGACGAGAUAAUCAAGCAGGGCGACCCUGGGGACCGGUUCUUCAUCCUCGAGGAGGGGACUGCUGCCGCGUACAUCACCGGCGCCGAGGGCGAGAUGGAGGCGCCCUAG